CGAAAAUUUUAGAACGCCAAUUGGCCAAUUCGAGACAAUCAUGGUAUAAGUUCUCAUUACUGUUAUUUGUUGAGUUGUAGUUAUGCAGUGUGUUAAAUAUAGGUCGCUCACAAAAAUACGUUUUAAUCUCCACUUCUUUUAUCAGUGAUGACGUCAGAUGGCCAUGUAUAAUAGACUUUGAAAGCAUGACUGCUACUGAUGGAAUCGAUACUGCCCUAUCUUUCAACAUAAGACGCCUUUCUACCUGGUCAAUCUGUAGGUCACCACAUGGACAUCCAUUUGCCACAGAUUGGCAGUGGUACUGGCAGGGCAUCAAUAAGAAAUGGUACAAAUAUAGUGAACAGCCAGGAUUGUUAUCUAACAAUAAUAAUGAGAAACUGGAGAGGAAUUAUCAGAAAUAUCUACUAGAUACAGACGGCAGAGCAAUAGUCUCAUUCACCGCUGGAAAAUCUGAAUACACACUCAAUUUUGAAACGAUGAAGCAGAAAAACAAAUGCAAUGUGACUAAAAAUGUCCGUAGAAGACCAACGUUUGUAUCUGUAGACGAUGUCAAAGAAAUAAUCAGAUGUGGUCCGCCAAAGGAGUCGGUCUCCCCUGAAACGUUGUCAUGGCAGGCACUUUUAGAGGAGGCUGAAGAUGAAAAUAAGACCGUGACCAUGACAAUCACGAAUAAUUUCGGUCAUAUAACCAUAUCGAUUGCGAAAGAAGAAACCGAUUCUUAAGUUCAAGUUGACUUACUAGUAAGACAGUUCGAGCCGAAUUCAAAUUUUGUACUACUGGACAUUACUGCACGUAUACACAAUGCAUUAUGGGAGAAAAAUGUUAUUACAUAUAAUUAAAAACUAAUCAUACCAUAGUCAUAGGUUUUUUUUAUUUUGAUAUUUUCUGAAUAUUUACAGACUUAAUAUAUCUAUCAGCGUUUAUUUCAAUUUAAUGAGUAAUUUCUGAGUUAUGUGUCUAUACAUGCCAUGAAUAUUUUUUUCCGCUCCAGUCUUUAUAGAAAUAGAUUGAAACAUUCAAUCCUGCCUUUCUAAUCUCGUGAUUCGUUAAUCAUACAGUCACUGAUUGGUUGACAUCCAUCUGCUUGCAAGACGCAAUAAUAUUAUUGCAAUCCCUUUUUGAAAUGUAACAGUUGUUUAAUGUGGUGUAGUCUACACUUAACCCUGUGGACAAGAUUAUAUUAUUUAUACAAUGUCUGUGCCUUUUUGACAAUCUAAAAACUUCUGUAAAUACCAGAAGUACACACCUGUAAAUACGUUUGAAGUGUUUCAGCAAUAAGUUUACGUUGAAAUUUCAAAAUGUGGCUGUCCGAAUCCAACCACAAAAUGUUUUCACAAAAUUGCAAAAAAUGCCUAAUGUCAUUGGUACAAAAUUAUUUACCCAUGACGUAUGCGAAACAAUAAUUAUUAUUAUUAUGAUGAAUAUUAAUUAAUUAAUCAAGACAACAAUAAAUGUAUCACAAUACUA